AUGACAUUGCCUACAGAUAAUCAUUCUGGCAACGAGGGGACCAAUGGGCAAGGGUCCUGGAGCCGGGGCUUUGAACUUACGGAGCCGGUCAUAGUCCAUUCAACCUGGUCUUACCAUAUGAGCCGAUUUCGAAUUUUGCCUCGCCGAGCCACAUAUCAAAGAAUGCCAUAUGCAGGAAUCGGGGUUACAGAAUCCAACGAUAAUUCAAAUCCAGGAAUCGGGGUUACAGAAUCCAACGAUAAUUCAAAUCCAGGAAUCGGUGUUACAGAAUCCAACAAUAAUUCAAAUCCAUGCCACAGUCUGCCACUUCCCGAAACUGACACUUCAAUCACCAACUUGGCCACAGAUGUGAAUCUGCCAUCCGAGUUGCCGGUAGCAGUCGCCUCGAUAGAAGAAAGUCGGAACCUAGAAAGAGCAGCAGAUAUUUUGCCUUUGAUUCCUGAAGAAGAUACAACCGAGUGA